UGCAAGGCCGUGCCUGGCAUCAACACGGGCCUGCCCAUCGUCUACGACUCCAGCUGCCCCGGCCUGUGCUGCUUCGAGGACCAGCCGUGCAGGUACAACAACACGGGCUGCUACUCCGCAGCCUUGGCGCAGCAGAAGGUGAAGUCGACGCCCACGAACGACGCCGAGUGCAAGGCCGUGUCUGGCAUCAACACGGGCCUGCCCAUCGUCUACGACUCCAGCUGCCCCGGCCUGUGCUGCUUCGAGGACCAGCCGUGCAGGUACAACAACACGGGCUGCUACUCCGCAGCCUUGGCGCAGCAGAAGGUGAAGACGACGCCCACGAACGACGCCGAGUGCAAGGCCGUGCCUGGCAUCAACACGGGCCUGCCCAUCGUCUACGACUCCAGCUGCCCCGGCCUGUGCUGCUUCGAGGACCAGCCGUGCAGGUACAACAACACGGGCUGCUACUCCGCAGCCUUGGCGCAGCAGAAGGUGAAGACGACGCCCACGAACGACGCCGAGUGCAAGGCCGUGUCUGGCAUCAACACGGGCCUGCCCGUCGUCUAUGAUUCCAGCUGCCCCGGCCUGUGCUGCUUCGAGGACCAGCCGUGCAGGUACAACAACACGGGCUGCUACUGA